CGCGGGGUGGGGGGCCAUUUGGCCGGCCGGGUGGGGAAGUGCGCGGUCGUUGCCUCUCUCGGGGCGGGGGUGUCGGACCGGCUCGCGGAAUGGGAGACCAAGCGCUCAGCUUUGUCAAAGACUUUCUGGCCGGCGGGAUUGCCGCCGCCGUCUCCAAGACGGCUGUCGCCCCCAUCGAGAGAGUGAAGUUGCUGCUGCAGGUCCAGCAUGCCAGCAAACAGAUCACGGCCGAUAAGCAGUACAAGGGCAUCGUGGACUGCAUAGUCCGCAUCCCCAAGGAGCAAGGCAUCGCUUCCUUCUGGAGAGGCAACCUGGCCAAUGUCAUCCGGUACUUCCCCACCCAGGCCCUCAACUUCGCCUUCAAGGACAAGUACAAGCAGAUUUUCCUGGGCGGAGUGGACAGGCACAAGCAGUUCUGGCGCUACUUCGCAGGGAACCUCGCGUCUGGGGGUGCUGCGGGAGCCACCUCCCUCUGCUUCGUCUACCCGCUGGAUUUCGCCAGGACCCGGCUGGCGGCUGAUGUGGGCAAAGGAGCUACAGAGAGGGAGUUCUCUGGGCUGGGCGACUGCAUUAUGAAGAUCUUUAAGUCUGAUGGCUUGAGGGGCCUGUAUCAAGGAUUUAGCGUGUCUGUCCAGGGCAUCAUUAUCUACAGAGCAGCCUAUUUUGGGGUGUACGACACGGCCAAGGGUAUGUUGCCUGAUCCAAAGAAUGUGCAUAUCGUAGUGAGCUGGAUGAUUGCCCAGAGUGUCACUGCAGUGGCAGGGCUGGUUUCUUACCCUUUUGAUACUGUGAGACGUAGGAUGAUGAUGCAGUCUGGCCGAAAGGGAGCUGAUAUUAUGUAUAAGGGCACAAUUGAUUGCUGGAAGAAGAUAGCUAAAGACGAAGGAUCCAAAGCAUUCUUCAAAGGUGCCUGGUCGAAUGUGUUGAGAGGCAUGGGUGGAGCUUUUGUAUUAGUACUUUAUGAUGAAAUCAAGAAGUACGUCUAAAACCGAACAUCAUAAUGUAGUAGUUCAAUUGUUCUCAAUCAACUUUUUUUUAAAAUAUGCUCUUGUGAUGUAAUGGACAACAAAAUAUUUCCUAGGGAAACAGAAUAAAAUUUGAGUAACGUAUCUGGCAGAGAUGAGGAUGCAAUUAUUAAAAAAUUGUCCA